UGUAUUAAUUACAUUUUUUUCAACGCACAAGCACCUCAGAGUGAAGCAACUACAAAUACUGGAGCCUGCUUGCAGAGCUGACACAUGUGAGGAGUGACAGUUUUCCUAACAGCAUUACAAAUGGAAUGUUGAAAGGACUGACAAGAUGAGUGUAGGAUUGAAAGUGUGGGCCACUGAUGCAGUUUUCUGUUCCCUUGUUGCACUGUAGUCAUCAGUCAUCAUUGCUAAGACCUUCGAGCUCUGCCAGCUUCUCCUCUAACUCAACAGCAAGUGGCAUCGAAGAUGACAGUGCCAGUCUUAUGCAACAGAAGCUGGAAAAACAGAGGGCACUGCUGGAGCAGAAGCAGCGGAGGAAGCGCCAUGAGCCUCUGAUGGUCCAGCCCAACACCGAGACUCGGCCCCGGCGCUCCAGGACGCGACGUGGUGAGGAGCAGGCCCCUCUGGUAGAGUCUCAAGUCACUAUCACCAACGAUGUCAUCAUGGAUGGUAUCGAUGGCCCAGCAGCUUUUUUGGGCUCAGAAGCCCCUCAUCUGGGAAUGAAAAUCCUGUCUGUGAGCCAGUCUCAGUCCCAGUCUCAGUUCCAGUCACAGCCUCAGUCUCAGCACCAGUCCCUUGUUGCUGAGGAGCCUGAGAGAGAUGGAGACACUGAGACGCUGCUAGAGCCCAAGACAGAUAUCCAUGAACUACUGCAGAAACAAGGUCUGUCUGGCAGUAUGAACUUCGAUGAAGCCAGCGAGCAUGAGGACGACGUGGAGGAAGAACGGACACGUUCUCUGUCUCCUAACGCAGACACCACCAGACCUUCCUCUGCCGCCAGUGGCAAGGACAUUCCAGAGGUGGCACCCCCCGGAUCACCCACAGCAGAGGGCUCACUAAUUGAUGUGGCCAAUCUAGAGGAGUUUGUUUUGCGUCCGGCUCCACGUGGUGUCACUGUUAAAUGUCGAAUCACCCGGGACAAGAAGGGCAUGGACCGCGGCCUCUACCCCACCUACUUCAUGCAUAUGGAGAGGGAGGAUGGCAAGAGAGUGUUUUUGCUGGCAGGAAGGAAGAGAAAGAAGAGUAAGACGUCUAACUACCUUAUUUCAGUGGAUGCCACUGAUCUGUCGCGAGAGGGAGAUAGCUUCAUAGGUAAACUGAGGUCCAACCUCAUGGGCACCAAAUUCACAGUGUAUGACAACGGCACCAAUCCCUGCAAAAACCCCGGGACACUGCUGGAAGAGAGCAACACACGACAGGAAGUGGCUGCCAUCUGCUAUGAGACCAACGUGCUGGGAUUCAAAGGACCACGUAAGAUGACUGUAAUCAUCCCGGGCAUGAACAUGAACUUUGAAAGAGUCCCUGUAAGGCCUCAAAAUGAGCAGGAGAGCCUCCUGAGCAGGUGGCAGAAUCACUCACUGGACAACCUGAUUGAGUUGCACAAUAAGGCCCCCGUUUGGAACGAUGACACCCAGUCUUAUGUGCUAAACUUCCAUGGCCGCGUUACUCAAGCUUCAGUCAAAAACUUUCAAAUAGUUCACGAUAACGACCCUGACUACAUCGUCAUGCAGUUUGGCAGAGUGGCUGAAGACAUCUUCACUCUGGACUACAACUACCCCAUGUGUGCUCUGCAGGCUUUUGCCAUUGGCCUGUCGAGCUUUGACAGCAAGUUGGCCUGUGAAUGAACCAACAGUUUUACCACACCACCACCACCUUUUCUGUCCUCCUUCAAAUCUCGUUUUACGGGAUUGUUUGGAAGCCGACAGCUAAGCUGCUUACAUCACCAGGAACCAGUUCACGCAGAAGUCAAAUAUGAGACUGAAAAAGAGAGCAGGAGGGCACUGAUGGCAUAUGUUGGUGCUCUGUUGGCCGAUCCAACAACCCUCCUGGUUCCUGUGCAGAUUUUUUUUUUUUGUAACAUGUUAGCAGGAUUAUUUCAAUAUCGGUUUAACCAUUUUGUACAGUGUAUACGUACAAAUGUAUUCAAACUAAAAGGGAAAAGGCAAAGCAAAUCACACUACUCUCAUCUGUGCUGGAGACGGGUGCAAAAAGAACUGAUGUUAAAUUAAUGACUCAUUGUUUGAAGGACGGUGACAUGUUUAUUGAUGUUUUGUCUGUUGCUUUUGUUGCCUUUGAAUUUGAUUUCACUCAGUGUUUUUUGGCUCUAAGGAUGGCAAUGUCGGCUGAGGUGUUACUCUACAGAGCAUAAACCUUUUGAAUUACAUAACAUGGCCUUUCCUUUGGCGCCACCCUCAGGCCAAAAUGUAGAGUUUUUUAGCAAAGUUUUCUGUUUUUCAUCCGUGCAAGUCUUUUCUGGCAAGUAAGUCAGAAUUUUAAUCUUGUUUACAUCUUUUAGUUUGGCUACAUGGUUUAAUCUGCAAUCUACUUAUAACUAAUUUUGACGUUCUUUUAUUAUCAUUGUCAAACCUCAUUUUAUUCUUGUGUGGAAAGUGCAUUAUUCAGAACAGGCCCAUCUUAGUUUUUGUGUUUUUUUGUGAAUAAGUGUAAUUUUUAUCUUGUGACUGUGAUUUUUCUUUGUCAUAACAAGUUGGAUUAUCGUGAAAAAAACAUAAAUGCAGAAUUGCACAUUUAAAGAGAAAGGAUAGACAUACUGUAUAUAAAAUAUAAAGUAAUGCCUUCUUAUUGAUCUAUUCUGGCAGUCUUCUAACAUGAAAUACCAAAUUUAAUUUCAAGACAUGGAAUUUUCAUUGUUGCAGAUACAGAAGUCACAUUAGACUUUGUAUGAAGAGAAACAAGAAAUCUACUGUAUCUACGCCGAGUAUUCAAAAUAUCAGACAUUUUAUUAAGGUGAAAUAGAGUUGGAGGCAAUUUUGUACAGCCCACAUUUUCUGUCUCAAAGCUUCGACAUUAUAACUGCCAGUGUCUCUUCAUCUCCAUUUGAAUUGUAAGGGAAACUUAAGGGGAAUCAAUAAAGGAUAGUUUCCUUUAUGUCAUUAUCAAAAUGUCCCUAAUAUUUUGUUAAUUCACAAUCUCACUGUGAUGUGUCUGUAAGGCACAUGUGAAAACGAAAUAUUCAGGGUCAUGAAUGAUUUACACAGUUACUUUAAAUCAGUCUAAUCUUGAUCCUUUAGGAAAAAGUGUUGUGUUUUUCAGGGGUAGAUAUAAUUUGAAUUUCCUGCUCAGAAAUCCUCUGUAACACGCAAACACAAAUACAAAUAUCUGGUUGGUUUUUAAAGGAAAUUAAUGUUGUGUGUGCCAGCAAUUUAUGAAAAUCCUGUUUUGUCAUUUUUGUGCAAUGGAGUUUUGAAGAGU